CAUACGGUACACAUCAGCCGGAGGUAAGGUAACACUUGGUUCUUAUGCAAGGUGGCCACUUGUAAGUGUAACAUAAUAAUAUAGAACGGGUCGUUAUGUGUCUGUGUGAUCAGAACUGCACAAGAAAAUUGCAUUAAUGAACAGUAAAAGAAAUUUCCUCGUUCUUUCAAGAGGGCGAGGUUCUGAAACACCGUUGAACCAGCAAGUAAGUCACAGGUAGCACCAUGCCUAAACGGAAACAACCCAAGACUCUGGCAGACCUGGCUCUGCUGAGAGUGGUCAAGAUGAUACGUUGUGCAUGUGAGUCAUGGAUAACAGCACUGCGCCAGGCAGCUUCCGCUGGCAUUAUGGCAUAUGUGACGGAGAGGGAGAAUGUGACGGCUGAUUGUGACACGGUUCACGAACUUCUAACAUCGCUGCUGACAGGAAUUUCAGUUCACCAAGCCACUCUCAUACUGAAGGAGACUAUUGCAGUGAUCACGAACUCUUAUGACAGUUGUAACGAUUUGAAUUUGGCCCCGUGGAAUCAAAACGAGAUGCAUAAUUCUGUGUGUGUAAAAAUUCUUCGGACAGUGCUGCUUAGUAACACUACAGAAUAUGAAAUGAAACAUAUAUAUUCCAGUUUUACACAAAGAUUAAUCAUCCAGACUUUGGACUGUGUACCUGAGUUAACUAUUUUAGCUUUUGAUUCUAAAACUGAAACGGACAAUUCGGCGCUCAUGUCCACUAACAUCCACCAUCUGAAGAAUCUGCAGCACUUCCAAUAUGAGUAUCACUGUACUGAUGAUGUGGUGGAAGAGCUGGGACUGCACUGCACUGAGCUGAAGACGAUUAACCUCAAAUACUCACGUGCUGUUACAGACACAUCCGUGCAACACCUGAUGAAACUAAAAAAAUUAGAAUAUGUACACUUAUUGUACACAAACAUUAGUUAUCAGCUAUAUGGUUCGUUGCUUUCAGAAUUACCGAAUAUUAGUAAUAUCGCCAUGAUGUCAGAGACAUGUGAUGUUCUCGAUCAUAUAUCGAAAGAGAAACUCAAUACGAUAAAGCAGUAUGUUGGGUUAAUUCAUAAUAUCGAUAAUAUGACACAGAAAUGUCCUAACCUCACAACAGUCAAAGUGUAUGCCUUUAACCAAAAUCUGACAAAGUUCAUUGCACUCACCAGAUUGGUUAACCUGCAAAUUAUGGUAGGAAACUCUGAAAACUGUAAUCUGACCGAGGUCCUAGUUGGCAUGGGCACCAGGCUUAGCAGUCUAUCUCUGUUUUAUAUUCGAAACGUAAAUAUUUCCAACAUUGUCAUGAUGUGCUCUGCUUUGAAGAGCCUGGUUCUGGAAGCUUGCACAUUUGUGUUAUUGAAUGAAAAUUCAGAAAUCGACACAGAACUUCCUCAUUAUAGAAAUCUGACUGAAUUUAAAUUAGUAGGGGAUUCUUUUUAUCAAAGUGAUGUUCGCAAAUUGAGACAUUACGUCAAUCUGCAGGUAUUUGAGUGCAAAAGACUUGACAUUCUCACUGACGAUUUCAUCCGUGACGCAACGCGGCAAGGCGCAUUCAGAAACAUCCUGCGCUUUUGGGUAGAGGAAACUGGGCGUGGGGCUUUAACCAUGAGUACAGUUGAGCUACUGCUACAGCACUGUGAGCAUCUGAGGGAAAUCGGACUUCUGAGAAAUUGGCGUCGCGUGACUCCAUGCCAACGCUCAAGUCUCAUAGAACGAAUGAGAACCACGAACGUUGAUCUUCAUAUACACUAGUGGACAGAGACUUGUUAAGAAUAACUGAAAGUGUGUUACGUAAUUUACGCAUGAAUAUACAUUAUUACGUACAUACCAUAUAGUUCUUGUGGCACAUGCAGCACUGUGCAUGUUAAAGUUUCAAUUUUAACUUUCUUCAGGCGCUAACGCACUAGCAGGCUUAUGAUUCUGUAUCUCAGCAUAUUAUUGGCAAUAUAAUGGAUGUGAUAUUUAAGAUUUAUAAUCAGUGCGCGAUAUUCAGUAGCUCUAACCACUUCUAAUUAUUAGAAUUUAUAAAAUUUGUAUGUAAUUUCAAAUACUUCAUAAGCCAAGGAUAUUUUAAUUUCACUCCUGGGGUUUUACUUACAGCGAAUGUACGGUUUCCGUUCUGACAUCGCGUAAACCUCUACAUGGGUACCAACCUUGCAGAGAUAUAUGCUGCCUCCUAUAAUAUCAGAAUGGAAAUGACAUUCAAGAUGGAGGCAACGUUGGUAUCCGCCUAGAAGACUACUCUGUAUCAUAUUUCAGUACAUUAUUGAAAGAAAUGAUUAUGAGUCUCUUUUAUCGGAAUAUUAAUAUUUU